AUGAAUGACGGGAUCCCUACCGAAGGACUGAUGGGCCUGGCUUCUCCAUUGCCCAUUAUCUCAACUCCCUCAAACUUGCCUAGUCAAGAAAACGGCGCCGAAAAGGCUACCUUGAUCGUCAGCAUAGUCUUUGAUCAAGAGGCGCCGCCGGGCAUGUUCGUUCGAUCUUCAUUGGUGAUCGAGAACAGGGACACAUCAUUCUCGGUCGUCAUGGCUGCGAAUCCCCUUUCUCCCCCUAAUAACAUCCACAACUUCCGUCUCGGGCUUCAGAUACGGCUCCACCGUCCCCCUCACCCGCGUCCUCUGCUCAAAGGCAUACGCCAUGCCGAUCAGCCCUUCCUCGCUGAACCUCUCCCCGACGAAGCUGAUCCCAAAGGGCAGGUUCGGCCCCUCGGCGACCAGGUUUCCGAACCCGUUCAUCACCACCGUCUGGCUGGCCGGGUACUUGCCCAGCGGCACCGUGACGACGGGGGCGCCCACGAUGGCCGCGAGCGGCGCCGCGAAGGCGGUGGGCAGGACGAGCGCGUCGAGCGAGUUGUUCCUCAGCGCGCCCGUCACGCCCAGCGGGCCCGCGAGGUACCUGUUGCGCGUGUAGUUGCCCCAGAACUCGGGCGUCUGGUUGCCCCCCUCGCCGAUGACCGGGUCGGCGACCGCCUCGUCCCACAGGCCCGUGUCGCGCUUCGGCCACAUCUCCAGGGGCUCCCGCUGCGUGAACGCGCGGACGGACUGCAGGUCCGUCACGUUGUGCGGGUUGGUCGCCAGCUUGGCGAGGAAGCGCUUGAGCCCGGACACCAGGUCGGCCUCGAGGAGGAACGAGACGGUGUUGCCGUCGAUGAGGUCGGCGCCCGGGAGGACCAGGUCGUCGACGAGGGUGGCGCCGGCCUUCUCGAGGAGCGGGAGCGCGGCGUCGAACGCGGGGAUGAGGACGCCGCGCUGGGCGCUCGUGGCGCCGGCGAAGAGGUUGCGGGGGAUGCCGAUGCGCUUGCCGGCCAGGCCACCCGUGUCCUUGCACGCGCCGACGUAGUCCGGCAUCCUGUCGAACGGGAAUAUGUACGCCGCGUCCUUGACCGAGCGGGCCAUGGGGCCCACGGUGUCCUGGUGCUCGGACAGGGGCACGACCAGGUACCGCGACGUGAGGCCGGACGUGGGCUUGAUGCCGACCAGGUUGUUCAUGUUCGACGGAGACAAAAUCGAGCCGCUGGUCUCCGUGCCCAGGGCGGCCAGCGCGAGGCCCAGCGAGCUGGAGACGCCGCUGCCCGAGGACGACCCGGAGGGGUCCUGCCGCGGGUAAUACGCGCCCUGGACCUGGCCCCCGUAGGCCGACCACCCGUUGCUGGUCCGGUAGCUGCGGAAGUUGGCCCACUGGGACAGAUUCGCCUUACCGAGGAUCACGGCGCCCGCCCUCCUGAGCCUGGCCGCCACGGUGCUGUCCGCGGGCACCCUGGCGCCGAGCAGGGCGUACGACCCGGCCGUGGUGUUCAUCCCGCCGUCGAGCGCCGGGUCGGUCGCGAUGUUGUCCUUCAGCAGCAGCGGGAUCCCGUGCAGCGGGCCCCGCACCUUGCCGCAGGCCCUCUCGCGGUCCAGGGCGCGAGCGGCGGCGCGGGCCGCGGGGUUCAGCUCCGUGACGGCGUGCAGCUCGCCGUUGACCUCGGCGAUGCGCGCCGUGUACGCGUCCACGAGGUCGACGCUCGUGAAGAGCCCGGCGCCCAGGCCUGCCACCAGGUCUUCCAGGCUGGCAUUGAUAAGGGAUGGGAACCCCCGGCCGUCGAUGCUUGUUGCACUAUCACUAUCGGGGUACAAUGGCCCCGCUGCCGCCGCUGCCGCCGCCGCCGCCGCACCGGUGACCGGAAAAGCGGGGCCGUGACUGGGAAAUGCGGCCGCCGAAUGGCAGAAGAGGAGCAGCCAAGGGAUUAG